AUGGUUGUCAUGGGUAACUCUUCUGCUUUCAUCACAACAAACACCCUCCACUCACCAAAGCUUCACUUCCUUGUCCUUCUCUUCUUUCUGUUAACCUCUUCUGCGACUCCACUAAACUUUAGUUUCUCCAGCUUCAACGGCAGUGACUUAGCAACCAUAACCACAGAAGGCGAUGCUUUCUUCGACACCAAAAUCCUCCGCCUCACCAACAGCGGCACAGACGACGAAAAUAUCUUUAGUGUGGGCCGAGCCACCUAUCGCCAACCCUUCCUCCUCCGAGAAAAGGCCACCGGGAAACUCGCUGACUUCACCACCAGUUUCAACUUCGCCCUCGACUCCAACAACAACUCCAAGUACGGCGACGGUCUUGCUUUCUUUAUAGCCCCAAAUGAUUCCUCACUCAAUAGCGUAUUAGGCAAGGGUGGCAACCUCGGCCUCCCUGUCGAUACCGUAACUCCAAACGUCAUCGGUCCGAGGAAUCAGUACCCCUUCGUGGCAGUGGAGUUUGAUAUUUACCAGAAUACACGCGAAACCAUCAAGGACCAUGCUCACGAACAUGUAGGUAUCAACGUCAACUCUCUCUACUCUAUUAUAACCAAGAAUUGGACUGCAGGCAUUUUGAACGGUACAACAAAUAGUGCUGCUGUUAGUUACAACUCCACCACAAAGAACUUCAGUGUUGCCUUCACUACUUUUGUGGAUGGUGUCCAAGUGAUUCAUUAUCUUGAUUACAAGGUUGAUUUGAAAGACUACUUGCCAGAUUGGGUCGUUGUUGGGUUCUCUGCUUCAACUGGUAGUUCUGUUGCUCUGUUUAAGAUCUUCUCAUGGAAUUUCAAUUCAACUUCACUAGUUGAUCGCCAUGAGGUCAAGUCAGGAAAUGAUAACAGGAUUGGACUAAUAAUUGGGGUAAGCAUUGGUGGAUGUGCUGUUGUCUUGGUUGGUGUUUUGGGUUUGGUUUGGUUCAUUUUAUGGAAGAAGAGGGAUGGAGGGGAAAGUAGCGAUGAAAAUCCUAUGGUAAAUGAAUUGAUUGAUGAAGAAUUCGAAAAGAGGGUUGGCCCGAGGAAGUUUUCGUAUAGUGAAUUGGUUUGUGCAACGAGUAAUUUUGGGGAGGGAGAAAAGCUCGGAGAGGGAGGGUUUGGUGGGGUUUAUAAAGGCUUUUUACCGGACUUGAAGUCAUUUGUUGCUGUGAAGAGGAUAUCUAUGGAGUCUAAACAAGGACUCAAGGAGUAUGCUUCGGAAGUAAAGAUCAUCAGUCAACUUAGGCAUCGACAUCUUGUGAAACUUAUUGGUUGGUGUCAUGAAAGAAAGUUUAUACUUGUGUACGAGUUCAUGCCUAAUGGCAGCUUAGAUGCUCAUUUGUUCAAAGAACAAAGGUUUCUAACUUGGGAUGCAAGAUACAAAAUUGCUCUAGGCUUGGCUUCUGGGUUGCUCUAUCUACACGAAGGAUGGGAACAAUGCGUGCUACAUAGGGACAUUAAAUCGAGUAAUGUUAUGUUGGAUUCGAAUUUCAACGCAAAACUUGGGGAUUUUGGUUUAGCGAGACUUGUGGACCAUGGACAAGAGCCGGAAACAACAGCACUGGCUGGAACCAUGGGCUACAUGGCUCCGGAUUAUCUCAACACCGGAAAGGCUAGCAAAGAAUCAGAUGUCUACAGCUUGGGAGUUGUUGCUUUGGAAAUAGCAUGCGGGAGAAAGGCCAUCGAUCCAAAGUUUGGAACUGGUAAAAUAAAUAUGGUGGAGUGGGUUUGGGAGCUUCAUGGAGAAGGGAGAGCCAUUGAAGCAGUUGACCCAAAACUAUGUGGAGAUUUUGAUGAGGAACAAAUGGAGUGCCUGAUCAUUGUUGGGUUAUGGUGUGCUCACCCAGAUUACAAUAUGAGGCCUUCAAUACAACAAGCAAUUCAAAUGCUUAACUUCGAGAUUCCCUUGCCUCCUCUCCCAUCAAAGAUGCCGGCGGCCACCUAUUUUACUGCUCCGAAAUCGGUCUCUAUGUUGUCCAGAGAUACCAGCGGUUCUCAAGGAGGCCAAACUGGCUGUGGCCACAACACUUAUACCUCACAUGAUUGUGCUAAUGCAUGGUUUUAA